UUUGCAUCCAUGCGAUUCACUUUCUUUUUUCUACGGGAGAGAGAGUUUUUGUACUAAAUUAACAAUGACACAGCUGUUGCCAAAACCUCCACUGGGGAAGAAACCGAAGCCAACAUGGUCGCUUUUAAGAAGACAUGCAAUGAUUGUUCCCAAGGACCGUCGUGAGUUGCGCCGUUUACAACAGAAUGCACAAGCCGCCUCCAAUGCUUGUAACAGUCCCAUCCUUCUUGUCAAUAGUCCCUUGGAACGAUCAGCGGGACCACCCAGUCUGUCCUCUCCGAUGCUACUUCGGAUUCCGAUGGACACUCAGGAUCCUGUCCAGAAGUUUACUUUAGAUGAAGAACAAGCGAUCAAACCUCUGUUUCAAGCUCCAUCACCUUUGCGGCUACUCAGGCUUGAUGAUCAAAUUCUGUCACUAUCCGGCAGAGUUACUACUCUCAUGGAGAUACCACCAGAAGUCAAGCGACUACGAAAAGAGACAGGUGAAACAUCCUUCCAAAAAUUGAGCUGGCCAUCAGAGUAUUCUGAAACAGCACGGUGGUAUGCCCCAACCAAAUACCAGCUUCUUCCCCUCGAAUCUCUGUUGUCCAUGGUUCCCCAGGUUUGCUCGAGCCCGCCGGUAAUGGCACCGCCUAGAUUAUUGCAUUCAGACUUAAUUCAAGUGACCUACCCGGAAAGUGAUCUGAUGGACAAACUCAUGGAGCCAGCCCAGUUGUUGCGUUUACCUCAACCAUUACCUCAAGAGCCACGAAUGAUCAACUAUCUGAACGAAUAUGGCAGGAAUUCAGCUGGGGAUAUCUCAGGAUCGAAACAGGUGUUCCUUAAACAGGACGAAAUAUUUUUGGCACCAGUACCGAACGUGGCGCUCCAUCCAGAAAGUGUGGCAUCUUUGGAAGGAUAUAACAAAGGGAAACGUGUUUCUGCUUUCGACAAUACGACGUCAAAUUCCUCAGCAUUGCACAUUCAAAAUGAUAAAGGAAUUCAGUUUUCAAGUUUGCCAGCUAGAAAGGAAAGAGCUGAGAUGAAAAUGGCAAAUAAAGCCGUUUCGGUAACACUCCCGGACAUGAUGCUGUCUCCAGCCGAUAUAGAUAAAAUCCUACAAUUGAUAGACGGGCAAACGUUUGUGAGCCUAGAAAGCGGGGAUGUGUCUAGCUCGGGCUAUGGGAGACAGCCUGACACAUCCAGAGUUAAUACUGUGAAUUCAGACAAACAGCCAAGCAGUCCUCCGAGCUACUCGCCUGGAGUGAAACGUCCAUGUUUGGAAGCGAUAGAGGAAAAGUCUACUGAAAUUGAUGAGGCGAAAGACGAACAGGUUGCUCCAAGGACUAACUUGGUCAACCAAUUUUCAGGUAGGAGUACAGGUACCGAACGGCCGACUUCGACGUUUGGAAUUAAGCGCAGUGUGGAUGUUCAGACUGCCAGUGAAGCUCAGCCCAUUUAUCCAGAUGUAGCCGAGACUUUAAAUGAGCUCGACACCCGUCUGUCUGCCGUAGACAGGGUCUCCCUCCGCCUGGAAGAAGAAUACAGACGCAAUCAGGAGUUGCUGGCGAACAUACUGAAGCUCAACACUGAUGUGCCUAAUCUGGCCGUUAGCGAGGCAUAUGUGCAAGAGGCCAAGCCAAGUGGAUCGGGUGCAAACCUUGCCAGUCUACCGCUGCCUCAAAAAUCAGGCGAAAACAAAAACAACGUAGGAUCUGUUACUCGGAAACAGGAUCCAACCCAUCCAACGGGGUCAAUCAGUAAUUUAGCCGUCAAUCUCGAUCCAAGGUCACCACAUGUGUCACCUAAAGCAGCACAUAAAGCUGCGCGGAAUCGUCCAAUUCCAAAGGUGUCCUGCUUGAGAACACAACCGGAUAAAUCUAAGUCAGUUUCGCCCACCAUUCAGCGUCCAACCUCGACAGCACUUAAUCGAAAGCGUGAGCAAGCGCGUUUGAUCGGAAAGACCGCACUCAGCAACCGUCGCUGUGAUGAAACCAUAACAUUUGUCGGGGAGAUUCUUUCCGAUUCUGGCCCUGGUGCCUCGCUAGCUCAGAAAAACCCAAACCCGAAGUCGUCUAAAGGCGAAUGUCGGAAUUUCGUGCCACAAGCUCCUGUCAGAUCAACUCCUUCAAGAGGAAAACCGAUGUCAGUGUCCACGGGCAACAAACCAUUCACUACACAGUUUCGAGAUAGCUUGCGAGGAUCUCCACGCCUACCGUCUCGCCCCGUCACUCGUGGAAGUUCCCUCAUUAGAGGCACACGCUCUGGACGUGGAGGGGUUGGAUAUCAAACAGUAGGCUCGACUGAUAACAAAGUCUACUUGAGCCGACUCUCUUCUCCGGAUCUUCCGAUUGAAGAUGAAGAACAAACGACAGUUCCAAGUGAUUGGUCUAUUAGCAGUAACGUGAGACGUAUUCUCGGACAAUCGGACUAUCACUUCCCAGGGCCGGAUCACGCCAAUUUUGCGUCCCGUAAUAUACCCACAGACUGUUCCCACAGAGAGGUUUCUCAGGACACUGAAUCCAACACAACUAUUCGAGCGACUAAGCCCAAUAACGAUGCCAAAAAGGAGACCUCCGGAAGUACAAGUUCAAUUGAUUGGGAAGAAAUCGAGCAAGUGAUACAGCGACAUUAAACUGCUCCGCAGACUGAGUUUUUCCAGUGAUUUCGUGGUUAGCGGCACCUUUCCGCGGUACUGUUCCGUUAGUGUUACUCAGCCCACACCGUUACCCCUCCGAAUAGUCAACUGGGCUCGUGCUGCACAUUACGGCUUGUGUUGCAACUGUUGCUGUUACGCGUUUGUUGCAUGUUGCCUUGUGAAAAUUUGUAAAAUUUCUCCCUGGG